GUUCCUUCUUCGUUCUUCAUUUCCGUUUCCAUUUUUAAUCAUUCAUUCGAUUUCUUACAGCAGCCUCCUCUUACCAGUUUCAAUGGCGCUCGCCCCAUUCACACCUUAUUGUUCUUCAACUUCUCCUCUAUUUUCUUCCAAGAAGUGCUCCGUCGUCUCUAAUUCUCAACUGAUUGUCGUCUCUGCUCUGUCCUCUCGCCGCUCGAGUCUCAUCAACACCCGCCGUUCUCUGAGAGUCAGAAGCGCCGUAACCUUCGACUCUCCGGCGUCAUCAUCCGCCCAUAGCAGCGACUCGCCCGAGCCUCUCCUGGAAGUUAAGGACCUCUCAGCCGUCGUCUCCGAGUCAAAACAGCCGGUUCUCAAAGGGGUUGACCUUACUAUCCACCGAGGCGAGGUUCAUGCUGUUAUGGGGAAGAAUGGUUCUGGAAAGAGCACUUUUGCCAAGGUCCUUGUUGGGCAUCCUGAUUAUGAGAUUACAGGCGGUAGUGUCACUUAUAAGGGUGAGAAUUUGCUUGAGAUGGAACCAGAGGAAAGAGCUGUUGCCGGCCUUUUCAUGAGCUUCCAGACCCCUGUUGAAAUUCCAGGGGUAAGCAAUAUUGACUUCUUGAACAUGGCAUACAAUGCUAGAAGGAUAAAACAUGGACAACCGGAGCUUGGACCAAUUGAGUUCUAUGGCUACAUUGCGCCAAAGCUUGAGCUUGUAAAUAUGAAAGUAGACUUUUUGAACAGGAAUGUUAAUGUAGGAUUUAGUGGUGGAGAAAGGAAGCGUAAUGAGAUUUUACAACUUGCGGUUCUUGGUGCAGAGUUGGGUAUAUUGGACGAAAUUGAUUCUGGCCUAGAUGUAGAUGCACUGCGUGAUGUCGCAAAGGCAGUGAAUGGACUCCUCACUCCCAAGAAUUCAGUUUUAAUGAUUACUCACUAUCUGCGACUUUUGGAGUUUAUCAAGCCAACAUUUAUCCAUAUAAUGGAGGAUGGGAAAAUUGUGAAGACUGGAGAUAUUUCCAUCGCUAAACUUCUUGAGAAGGAAGGUUACAAGGCAAUUUCUGGGUCAUAACUGCAGGCACGUCUAUUGAAAGUGGGCUUUACUACUCUGUGCUCUCCUGUAAACGCUUUGCCACCUUGCUCAAUGUCCAUGGACGAGAAAAGGAUGAUUAUCUAACCAGCAAAAGAGCGAGAUAGCAGACGUUUCAGACAGCUUUGUUACGCCAAAAGAGCAAGAGCCGUCCUUUGAUCUCGAAGAACUUGGAAUUCGUGAUGUUCUUCUAUAGCUAGUUGUACUGCGUGCACAUAUUCCUUCUUUACAAUUAUAAUGCCUCCUAUUUCCGUGUUGAAAUCUGGAAAAAAUUUGAGAUCUUUUUUUUGGGGGUCAAAGAAAUGGGUUUUGAAACAAUCCUGUAUUUGUAAUGGUUCUAAAUUUGGAUAUUCUUUCCAAGCUGC